GUCCCGCUUGUUGCGUAGUACAUGGCGAAGCAAAGCACACAAUCCAAACAGGUGUUAUUGAUGGAUUUACUGUAGCCCUGUCUCUUAGUCAUGAUGGAAAUCUGGUGUAGUGGUAGACAAGCUGGCAUCAGUAAAUGAGAGCAGGUGUUGUAAAUAUCUGUCUGUCUUGUUGGCACAGUCAUCGGUUCUUAAUAUAAAAAAAAACAUGUUUUUUCAGCAGUAACAUGCAGUUUAUUUAUUAACAGUUGCAGUUAUUGGGUUUAUUCUCGAGCUUUGCAUCAAAGUGAAGUCAUUUUGCUCUUUUUACAGCCUUUUGACCCACUUUUCCAACAAAAUCCCUACCUGGAAAUGACUAAAAGUCCCUCCAUCCUUACUAUUAUUUGGGUUGUUGAAGUUUUUGGUUCAUUUUCUGAACUGCUUCAAAUUUAAAAACAGGUUAAUUGAGAACCUCUGAUACUAUAUAGAACUAAUGUUUUUUUUUACAGGAAAAUAUGACCCGAAAACUGAGUUUAACAGGGGAGAGAAAGAAGGAACAUAAAGGAAAAGUCCAAAUAAGAAAUUGACAAGAAGUUAAGAGUAACCAGACAUUCUAAACACUGUUGGGGAAUGAUGUAGAGCAGCUGAAUGCACAGGGUCUUUCUAUGUCAUAACAGAAAGUAUGAUAAUACACAGAACAUGGAAAUACCAAGGUGUACGUCAAGGUAAAAUACUAGAAACAAAUAAAAAAUUAUAAAAAAUGGUCAAAAUGUGGAAUGGUGUAAAAAAAAGGAUAAAUGGGAGAGUAUUUGUUAGUAGUAACGAUUAUAUCAUUUUACUAUUUCUGUUAAUGUCUAAAGAAAAACACUACAUAUUGGAAAUACUAGCUGUGGCCGGACCUGUGCCAAAACCACUGACUGUAGGUGCGAUCUGGACCGAGUGAGUGGGACAUCACUCAAAAGAAAAUGACUUGCUUUUGGUUCCAACAAAAUGAAUUUUUUUAGCCUUACUUAUGCCGCCAUGUUGGAACCAGAAUCGUCGCUAACAAGUAAUGGGUUUGAGUCGCUCUAAGUCAACAUUUUUUAAGGCAACCUCUCCCAGCAAUCAGGAGUGAGUUUGUUGGUAGUUCACACCCCUACCAUUUGAAAAUGUGUUUGGGAGAAUCUGUCAAUCAAACACUUUAAGCGUUUGAUGAGAGACCAUGUCCUAUUAUUGAAGCAUGUGAUUGGUCAGUUUAUUACUUGCACUAUGGGAAACUAUAAUAAAAAAAGGCAGGAAUAGCAAGAACAUGUUAAAACUUGGUAGUAGAGCAAGUAGGUUAUUCUGACAAAUAAAAUGGCUGAGUAAUAGCUCUUUAUUUCUCAAUGGAAGGAUAUGGGACUUUGGGUUCUUUGGACCAGCAGGUACUUCCUGUUUGGAAUGCCAGGAGGGAGGAACUGCUCAGUCCAGUUUUCUUGUACAGUCAGUGGCUUAAAACGUAACAUUCCGUUCACACCAGUUGUUUUCCUAGGAUAGUCCACUUUGUUUGACUGCUGGGAAUUUAGGUGCAGACCAAACAGGUGACCUGUGCUCCUCUGAGAGUGAACUCUGCAGGAUAAUGUGAAUCUAGAUGGACAAUUACCAGACAAAAGUAAAAAGGCAGAAAUUGACUUUUGGGCUGCACAUUUUAAGUAGAGGGAAAAAUAGCUCAGUGGUAAUCCUAAGAAGGAAAAGUUUCUAAAAGUUAGGAAGUGUCUCAUGGAUGGAGGAGGUGACGGCCCUUUUAUUUUAUAUAGAUGAAUGACAGCAGGACUCUUUUUUUUUCUUUUGUCUUUAUUGAAAGAGUAUUGAAACCUGUUUUUGUGGAAUAAGGAGCAAUGUCACACUUAACUCUUUUUGUCAGUUACACAACAGCCCAUUCAUUCUCCCUGACGAAUGUAUGUGUGCAAGAAUGAUGUGUUCAUUGUGCAAGUCUAGGCCCGCUGCUGGAUGUUUAACAUUUUUUGAAUGAUCUAUAAGCCAGAUGUUGCAAUCAAUCUUGCAGUAAAUGUAUGAUAAUCGUACAGGAACAUGCCUUUUAUUUGACAGAAAAUUGCAUUGCCGUGUACUGAUUUGGUAAAGCAUCGGUGUGGUUACGUUUGCUGAUGGACAUCUGCACACUGUGCCACGUGGGUGUGUUUGUGCUCGCUGUUUUUAACUAAACUGAGCGAUGAUAAGAAGAUGAGGGGCUAACGCAGGCCAACAUAAACACCACACAGGUGUGUAUGGCUCUGAACCAAGCCUGGAUCUUACUUUACCACCUUGUGAGGUGGAGAGUUGAGAAAGGUUGGAGUAGGAUGUGUGCUUGGAUGUGCUCAGGCUGAGGAGGAGCGGUUAAGCUCAGAGGGAAACUGUCAGUCAGAAAAAUAAAUCUGUGGGUUUGUCUUUUUUGUGCGCUGCAGAAAUGACACUUUGGGAUAACGUUUAGUAUGUUCAAAAAGGCAAAACAAAGACGCAAAGUGCAUUAAAGUAACUGCACCCUAUUUUCCCUUGGUUAAAUGAGGACGUCCUGGUUUCCUGCCUCAGCCCGUCUUCUCUCUGCUGAUACCUGAAGAAGUCUUUUCCUCUGUGUUGUGCCUUUUCCUCUCUCUGUGCCUUUCUGUUGUGUCAGCGAAAAAAAAUGCUAGUAUGAUGCAAUUGAAAGCCCCAAGUGGAGGCUUUUUCCCCCCUUCUUUUUUUGUGCUGGUGUGCGAAAAUCACCCUGAGAAGCUGUUUUGGACCAAAACUGAUCCAGUAAAAAUGUCUAAAAUUGCUAUUUUGUUGCUGUUUUUUGCUGCAUUCGAAGACCACUUAGUGUGUGUUUGUGAAAAUUCACCAUUUGCUAUUGUCCAGAUAUAUGAGGAACUAGAGAAAUUAGAACAAGAGAAAACUUUUAGGUAUCACUAUGAUGAGAUUGUGUGAGACCUUGUGGCUGCGGAGGGAAAACUGUCAUCCUCAAGGAAGAUUUAUCUGGCUUAUUUUCUACUUUUGAGAUACACUUAUACCCAAAACCUUUUUAAAACAAAGUCCUGCUGCUGUCCCUUCCACAAACAUACAAUAAUACACUCUAAGGUUUCUACCAAACUGUCAGUUGAAUGUGAAAAGAUUAAGGACUAGUUAUUCCCACUUCUGUGAGGAAUCCACUAGAUUAGUGGUUGUGUCCCUUCACUGUGUAUGUUUAAGGUUUGCAAAGCCCCAUGACAGAAACAAAGUGCAAACCUUAAAUUAUCCUUUGCUACUAAUUAUCUACAGUUUUAGUCAACUUUCUUUUUUGUUGCAUUGCAUCGUAUUUCUGAUCUUUCUUUCGCUGUCUGUGAGGAAUAUUCAGAGGGAGUGCAAAUGUUGGGGAUAUAAAAGGCGCGCAGUAUGUCCUCCUUAACCUGCCGUAAUCGCAAAUAAUCUCAGGCAGCGUGUUUGAUGCUACAUGUGAGCAAGUGACAGCUAGCAUUGGCCUCUUGAGGGAGAGAUUAGAUAAUCCUUCUUUUAUAAGCUUGUGUAUAAUGAGAUUUGAGUGGUUUGGGGCAGUGCCAGCUCUUGUAAUUGCCUGUACCACUGUCUCCUGGCCCGUAUGCUGAGAUUCCUGGAGACGCUUUUGUUGUCUGUUGGCUCUUGAACACGCUGUUGGAAAUGAGUUUCAACCUUUGUAAGAUACCGGACGUGUUUAGAAUUUAAGGAGGUUUGUGCUGACAGACGGGCACAUUCAUCUUAAAAGCUGCUCUGGAAUGUCUUAAUUCCUUCGUAGAGACUUUUAUCGUUCUUCAUAAAGCUGUUACAAGGAAGAUGCUGGAUGGAUGCAUGUGCUUGAGGUAGUGGGUGGAGUCUGCAAUGUGCCCCUGCAGGCAGAAAGCUGACUCACUUGCUGAGACACUCCGAUGAGGACGGAGAAGAGCUAACCAGAAGGAGUGGCAUCUGAGAAGACAGGACCUUUUCACUGAAUACCACUGAUGAGUUUGGACUGACAGAUAAGUCUGUCACCCAGAUGCUGGAAGGAAGCGCUUGGUCCUCCUCCUUUACUCCUCGCCUGUUUUCGGGAGGAGGAUGAAGAAGAGUUAAUCUGCGCUGGGGAGACGUGGUUUGCAUUUGGGUUAACAGGAUGCAUCUGGUUGUGGGACCCAUUCAGGAGGCCAUGAUGAAGAUGUUACCUUAUUUUGUGGAGAAUGCUGUCUUGACCCAGAGUGAGAUAAACCGCAUCUUAAGCGAGAGCUUCUUCAUGGUGAAGGGUGCUGCUCUGUUCCUGCAGCAGGGAAGCAGUCCCCAGGGCCAGAAAGCCCAUCCUCCCCACAAACAUGCAGGUGACCUACCCCAACACUUACAGGUGAUGAUAAACAUCCUGCGCUCAGAGGACAGAAUCAAACUGGCGGUGCGGCUGGAGAGUGCACGGUCAGAUCGCGUACGCUACAUGGUGGUGGUGUACACCAGCGGUCGACAGGACACAGAGGAGAACAUUCUUCUAGGAAUCGACGUCAAUAACAAAGACGGAAAAAGCUGUUCAGUUGGAAUGGUGCUACCUCUGUGGAGUGAUACAAAGAUCCAUCUGGAUGGAGAUGGGGGCUUUACAGUGAACACAGCAGGUCGGACGCAUGUCUUCAAACCUGUGUCAGUGCAGGCGAUGUGGUCCGCCUUGCAGGUGUUGCACAAAGCUUGCGAAGUUUCUCGCAGGUUUAACUAUUUCCCUGGAGGUAUAGCUCUCACCUGGAUGGGCUACUACGAAAGCUGCAUCGCUUCCGACCAGAGCUGCAUUAACGAGUGGAACGCCAUGAAGGACUUGGAGACGCCACGGCCAGAUUCACCCAUCAUGUUUGUCGACAAGCCGUCAGAGAGAGAAAGAACAGAGUGCCUUAUUAAAGCCAAACUCAGAAGCAUCAUGACGUGCCAGGACCUCGAGAACGUCACCUGCAAACAGAUCCGCACAAAGUUGGAACAGAACAUGAACUGCAACCUUAAGGAAUUCAAAGAAUUCAUAGAUAAUGAAAUGCUGCUAAUUCUUGGCCAGAUGGACAAAGCUACUCUCAUCUUUGACCAUGUCUACCUGGGAUCUGAGUGGAAUGCAUCUAAUUUGGAGGAGCUGCAAGAGACGGGGGUGAGUUACAUUCUCAACGUUACCCGGGAGAUUGACAACUUCUUCCCCGGGACGUUCAGUUAUCACAACGUGCGCGUUUACGAUGAGGAUUCCACCGACCUGCUAGCCCACUGGAACGAAACAUACAACUUUAUCGUCAAAGCAAAAAAAAAUCACUCCAAGUGUCUUGUUCACUGCAAGAUGGGCGUCAGUCGCUCUGCUUCUACUGUCAUCGCCUACGCCAUGAAGGAGUAUGGCUGGUCGCUGGAGAAGGCCUACAACUUUGUUAAGGAAAAGAGGAACAUCACACGACCCAAUCCAGGUUUCAUGAGGCAGCUUGCAGAGUAUGAAGGCAUUUUAGAUGCUAGCAAACAGAGACACAACAAGCUGUGGCAACCUGACACAGAUUGUGAGAUGGCGGACAGUCAGCAGGGGUUGACCCAGCACUGUGGGGGUGAGGAAGGAGAACAUCUGACUCCAGAGCCUGGACUGUUUCACUGCUGUGAGGAAGAGUUGUCAGAGAAAGGUGCAGCGUGUCCCUCUCAGUACAGGACCGUUGCUCUGGAAAUUGACCCAGCCUACAACAACUACUAUUUCCGCCGACUCUCUGACUCGGCCCUGGACAGCGAGCCGUCAACACCAGUUCGCGGGCCUCCUCUUCUCAGCAUGGAGAAAGUUUUUAUAGAAAUAGAUGAUGUGGAGCGUGAUGCUCUGUUGGAUGAUGAGGCCUUUGAUGGUCAAGAAGGCCUGCCGCUCUCACACCUUGGGCCCACAGCAGAAGGUACUGCCGCCCAGACGUGCGGCCGUGGCCCCGAGCCUUUGGAGGAGCUGCGCCUGAGGCUGGAGUUCAGCACAGUGGAGGAGGAGGAUGAGGAGGAGGUGCAAAAAGAAGAAGCGGAGAUGGAGGUACUAAUGCAGCCAGACGAGGGAGGCGGAGGCGAAGGAAACAGGAGUGAAACCCAGGAUGCAGAGGGAGAUGCAGAGGGUAUGGGGAUGGAUCUGGCAACCCUCAAUGAAAACUCCAACAACAACAAUCGCUUGAGCUUUGUGCAUGACUGCAAUGAAAAUGCACCUGUCAUCCUUCUUCCAAGUGAUACUUCUAUGCUGUCUAGGUUGGAUCAGACUAAGUCCUGUUGGAAAAACGAGUCUUUAGCCCCUACUCCUAAGCUUUGCCUUAACCCCAGCUCUACCCCAAAAGUCCCAAGUGCUAUUUUCCCACAGUCCCAUAACUUUCCUGAAGGUGUCCCAUCUUCAGUGGAGCUGCUGUGCCCCUGUGGCCCGCUGUGUAACUGUGCCAACUGUGCUGCCUCUCUACCUGCUGCUCCAUUUGACAAAGACGAGAACCCAGGAGAAUCCGGGCAGCCAGUGGAGCUGGAGGACGUUGGUACUUUCCUUGAUAUAAAUACUGACACUAGUGAGAGACAUUCUGCAGGAAUGCCUGAAGAGACUCAGUUCCUCUGGAAACAGCAGGAGUCCCUGUUGCAGCUCCAUCAAUCUGGGUUGGUCCGCCAACGUGCAGAGAGACUAGAGAGACUGUCAGGUUUGUCUCAGCAGAGCCUGCAGACUUUGAAACCUUUGCAAACAUGCCAAAGGUCCCAGAAAUGUUCCCCCCACGAUAACAAAGAAGAGGAGUCCUCCAGUUUUGCAGGUGACUUAGCUAAUUCUUCAACACCAUGCCAAGUGCGGUCAGAGUGUCCGAUGGUGCCACUGACCAAUGAAUCCUUGUUUGGGGCGCUGGGGUCUGGGCUUUUCACACCCACCUCGUCGCCCCAUGGCUCCACCCUAACACGCAGCUCCAGCAGCGAUAGUCUCCGCAGUGUUAGGGGAAAACCUGGUCUUGUGCGGCAGAGAGCACAAGAGAUUGAGACCCGCAUGCGUCUGGCAGGCCUGACCGUGCCCUCCAGCUUAAAACGGUCCAACUCUCUAGCCAAGCUGGCCAGCCUGGACCUGUCCUCCGAGGACCUGUGCUCAGCAUGUUCCUCUGAUGCAGGAACGCUGCUGCUUAUGACUCUGUCUCCAGAGCCAGACCUGCACAGUCCAGAGGCGUCACUUCCAGGUGACCCUAAAAGUUGACCCCUCACUUGUCACUCUGUGAGAUUUAGAGGGCUGCACAGAUUUUAACCUUAGGAGAGAGAAAAAAACAACAAGGCUAACUGUUAUGUGCGAAGAAAAUCCUUUCUUUUGCCACAUUGUUGUUCAAACUGCUGUUCACAGUGAUGAAAGUCACAUUGCUGUAUCUGACAAAUGUUUUAAGCCAUCAGUUCACCAGUAACUUUGUUUGAAUCGUGGACUCAAAGUGCCUUAACCAAGAGACCAGAGGCACAGAACUGUGUGAAAGUGAAGAAUGAGAUGGUAUGACCUCAUCUAGAACAUUUAUCUUGCAAUCCAUACCUUUACUCACAGGUACCAAGUGGGAGUCUACAUGAAUGAACUGUGUUUGAUAAAUGCAUGGUUGUUUAUCAGACUUUGAUCUUUUGGGGGGGUUGCAUUUAUGAAGCUCCUACCAGACAAGCACCGGGCUGGAGUUUAAUCCAGUUAUUUUGGCUGCACCACUUAAAAGGAAGAAAUCAGUUUUGACGCAAAACUGACUGCACACAGAUAGAUGAGUACUAUGAACGUGUAGAGGAAAAGUUUUAAACUUUUGCCAGAGGCAAAUUCACUGUUUUCAACAAACAGAACAUAUCUGUUUCUGUGUUUGUUGCUCCUUUGCACUGUUUGCUUUAUUGCUACACAGCCAGCAAUCUUCCAGAAAAACAUCAAAGUCGUGUUAUUAUAUUUAUCGUUACCAACGCUAAAUUAGUAGGAGGCUUGAGUGGAAAUCAAAACCGAGAUGUUUCAAGUCACGUUUUAAAAAUCCGCUGAAAGUUUCUGACUUAUAUAUAUAUAUAUAUAUAUAUAUAUAUAAGAUGCAACGUGAAUGAAACAUGUAGUCUACAGAUUACUCAUUUCAAUUUGUUUCUGCCAAUGGUUGUGCUUUUUUUUGAAAUGUUAAAAACCAAAGUUAUUUUUGGCUGUCUUUAUUUGGAAGCGGCACUGAUGCUAAAAAAACAACAACAACGAUGUGAAUCAUAAUGUCAAUCGUUCAAGUGCUGUCACCGUUUUUUUUUUUUUGCACCUUUGGGAGGAAUAAAGAGACUCAGAGGAGUCAUCAGGCUCAUAGAUGUAAAGCUUUUAUGCUCAUAUCAUCCAUGGGUUUUAAGCUUUUGUCACCCCUGUGACAACUAUCACAAUAGGUUACUUUACAUUUAUGUAACCAUUUUUUUAUAUUUAAGUAUGCAGUCAUUUUUGUACUGUACAUUGCUGUAGUUGAAAAUGCAAAUUGCACUUUUUAUGUUUAAAAAAAGAUGUACUGUAUAUGUUACUUGUUGGAAUAAACUUUUCUUUUACAGAAUGUA